AUGUCAACCAAAAUGUCCGCCGCCUGCAUCUUCUGCAAGAUCAUCAAGGGUGAAAUCCCCUGCUUCAAACUCUUCGAAUCAGACAAAACCCUCGCCUUCCUCGACAUCAACCCCCUAUCCAAAGGCCACGCCCUCGUCAUCCCCAAGCACCACGGCGAGAAGCUCACCGACAUCCCCGACGACCAGCUCGGCGAGAUCUUGCCCGUCGUCAAAAGGCUCGCUGCCGCCACCGGCGCCAAGGACUGGAACCUGCUGCAAAACAACGGCAAGCUGGCUCAUCAGGAAGUCGGGCAUGUGCACUUCCACAUGAUCCCCAAGCCGAACGAGAAGGAGGGGCUGGGUGUUGGGUGGCCAAUGCAGGCGACUGAUAUGGAUAAGCUCAAGGCGUUGUUUGAGGAUAUCAAGGGGAAGAUGUAAAUCGGAGAUAUCAAUUCCAAACGGAGCUACUGUUGUAUUGUCUGUCUGAUAUAAUUACGAACCUCCUAAGACGUCAACACACUCCUCUUUUAAGAUUUGCUCCUGUCGUUGCAAAAA